CAUCCUGAAUUACUCUUACAUUCUCUAUCUCUUAUCUCUCUAAUCACAGUCGAAAGAUCCGUCAAUCUACAAAUGUCGGUUUGCUUCUUCUGAUCUCUCGAAAGGCAAAGAAUCAUCUCUUGCGUAAAUAUAUAUACAACUUUCUUUCUCUGGAGAGAGAGAGAGAGAGAGAGUGUGUGUGUGUGUGUGGAAGGGCAGGCAAUGAGGGGUUACUUGUGGUCAUCAUCAGCGUUCGAUUCGAAGUCGGGACAGGUGAUAUUGGUGGCUCUCUUGGUAAUGAUUGCUUCUUUUUAUACUGGCACUCUCUUUGGCAGCAAUUCAUCUCUUUAUGUCUCACAACUUCCCUCCAAUUCUUCCUCAUCAUCCCCUGGUAUUCCAACUUUUACAAACGAAGUUGUUCUUUCUUAUAGGACAAAACCUCUAUCGAUUCCUGAAGCUGGAAUGAACAUUUGCCCUUUAAUGUUCAAUGAGUAUAUCCCUUGCCAUGACAUUUCUUAUGUGAAAGAAUUGUUGCCAAAGUUAGACCUUUCAAGGAGAGAAGAACUACAGAGGCAUUGCGCUCCUCUUGAAAGGCGGUUGUUUUGCUUGGUGCCUCCACCAGAUGAUUAUAAGAUACCAAUAAGAUGGCCAACAAGCAGGGACUAUGUGUGGAGAAGUAAUGUGAACCACACGCACCUUGCCGAGGUAAAAGGAGGACAAAAUUGGGUGCACGAGAAGAAUCAAUUAUGGUGGUUUCCUGGUGGUGGCACUCAUUUCAAGCGUGGGGCUUCCGAGUACAUUCAGAGGUUAGGAAAUAUGACAACUAAUGAUUCCGGUGAUCUGCGUUCUGCUGGGGUAUUUCAAGUUCUAGAUGUUGGUUGUGGUGUUGCUAGCUUCUCAGCUUAUCUUCUUGACUUAAAUAUAAAAACAAUGUCCUUUGCUCCCAAAGAUGGCCAUGAAAAUCAAAUUCAGUUUGCUUUGGAGCGAGGAAUUGGAGCAAUGAUUGCUGCUUUAGCCACAAAACAACUACCAUAUCCUAGUAGCUCUUUUGAAAUGGUUCACUGUUCGAGGUGUCGUGUUGAUUGGCAUGAAAAUGAUGGUAUUCUUCUCAAAGAAGUGAAUCGCCUCCUGCGAUCUAAUGGAUAUUUUGUUUAUUCAGCUCCACCUGCAUACAGAAAGGAUAAAGAUUAUCCAUUGAUAUGGAAUAAGUUGAUGUAUUUGACUUCUGGAAUGUGCUGGAAGCUCAUCGCUCAAAAAGUUCAGACUGCAAUCUGGAUUAAGCAAGAAAAUCAAUCAUGUCUUCUCCACAACGCAGAGCAGAAGCUCAUACAUAUAUGUGAUUCUGUAGAUGAUUCUAAUCCAUCAUGGAACACGUCACUUAGGAACUGUGUCACACUAAGUAAAGCACAAGUGGAGUCUCACAAGCUCCCUCCAAAGCCACAGCGCCUUUCAGAAUAUUCUGAAAGUCUUAGUAGUAUAGGUAUCAAUCAAAAAAAAUUCAUUUCAAAUACCCUCUUUUGGCAAGAUCAAGUUCGCCAGUACUGGAGGCUGAUGAAUGUGGAUGAGACAGAAGUACGAAAUGUCAUGGAUAUGAAUGCAUUUUGUGGUGGAUUUGCAGUUGCAUUGAGUACAUGGCCUGUUUGGGUGAUGAACAUAGUUCCAAUAAGCAUGAAUAAUACAUUAUCUGCUAUAUAUAACCGAGGUCUGAUUGGUGCUUUUCACGACUGGUGUGAGCCAUUCUCAACUUAUCCACGCUCAUAUGAUUUGCUGCAUGCUAACCAUCUAUUCUCUCACUAUAAAAAUCGUGAAGAAGGUUGCUUACUUGAGGAUAUUAUGUUGGAGAUGGACAGGGUAAUACGACCUCAGGGAAUUAUCAUUAUUAGAGAUGAAGAAUUAAUUAUAUCAAGAAUAAGAGCUAUUGCCCCAAAAUUCCUUUGGGAUGUCGAAUCACAUUCACUGGAAAAUGAACAAAAGAAAACAGAACCGGUCUUAAUUUGCAGAAAGAAGUUUUGGGCAAUAGUUUAAGGCCACCUUCAACUACGCAAAGCUUCACCUAUACAGGUUUUAAUUGCAAGGUACCAAUAGGUUGCUUGUAUCAUGAGGAUUCUGACUUCCUUUGUUUUAUUUUUUCUCUCAUUGUCUCCUGUCUUGCAAUUGAUUUUGUUAUAUGAAGUUUGUAGGUUUUUAACUUAUUAAUGAAACAGUAUCUUCGCACACGGGGUAAGACUAUGCACAUUAGACCUUUCUCAGAUCUCGCAGUGACGGGAGCCUUGUGCACUGGGCUGUUCUUUUAAUUGUUAAAUUCAUUUGUAUAUAUUCAGAUGCAGAUUUCAUUUCAUGAAUUUACAUGCAAGAUGAGGGAAUUUAGAUUUUUCUUCUCUUCCGAGUUCAAACACAGUGUAACAUCUUAGAGACAGAUUUGCAUUAAUGAUUUAUGUAUUUGCAUAUAAAUAUGUGCAAACCUUUCUUUCUCUCAUUA